GGCUGCUCAAGAUGGCGGCGCGCUAAGAGCGUAUGUUGUGCGUUUCUAGGAGCUUCGCGGUACGGGUGGUUUAAGAUUCUCGUGUUAGAGGGCCAUUCCAACUUGGUGGUUUGGCUGGAAUUUGGACUCCGUAGAUGGCUCUGAGUAAAUCAAUGCAUGCAAGAAAUAGAUACAAGGACAAACCUCCUGAUUUUGCAUAUCUGGCAUCCAAAUAUCCAGAUUUUAAACAACAUGUUCAGAUAAAUCUGAAUGGAAGAGUGAGUCUUAAUUUUAAAGACCCUGAAGCAGUCAGAGCUCUGACUUGUACCCUGUUGAGGGAGGAUUUUGGACUUUCUAUUGAUAUUCCAUUGGAAAGACUAAUUCCUACAGUUCCCUUGAGACUCAACUAUAUUCAUUGGGUAGAAGAUCUGAUUGGUCAUCAGGACUCUGAUAAAAGUACUCUCCGAAGAGGAAUUGACAUAGGUACUGGGGCAUCCUGCAUCUACCCUUUACUUGGAAGUACCUUAAAUGGCUGGUAUUUCCUUGCAACAGAAGUCGAUGAUAUGUGCUUCAACUAUGCAAAGAAAAACGUGGAACAGAAUAACUUAUCUGAUCUUAUAAAAGUGGUAAAAGUACCACAGAAGACACUCCUGAUGGAUGCUCUUAAAGAAGAAUCGGAGAUAGUCUAUGACUUUUGCAUGUGCAAUCCUCCCUUUUUUGCCAAUCAGUUGGAAGCCAAGGGAGUGAACUCUCGAAACCCUCGAAGGCCGCCACCUAGUUCCGUGAAUACAGGGGGCAUCACAGAGAUCAUGGCAGAAGGAGGCGAGUUAGAGUUUGUUAAGAGAAUCAUCCACGACAGUUUACAACUGAAAAAAAGAUUGAGGUGGUAUAGCUGUAUGCUGGGAAAGAAAUGCAGCCUUGCUCCUCUAAAGGAAGAACUUCGUAUACAAGGGGUUCCUAAAGUCACCUACACUGAAUUCUGUCAAGGUCGGACAAUGAGAUGGGCCUUGGCUUGGAGUUUUUAUGAUGAUGUAAGAGUACCAUCACCACCAAGUAAGCGAAGAAAACUAGAGAAGCCAAGGAAACCCAUUACAUUUGUAGUGUUGGAGUCUGUGAUGAAAGAAUUAUCCCUUAAAGCGUCGCCUUUGGGCUCUGAGACAGUAGAAGGCAUAGUAGUUGUAACAACAUGGAUUGAAAAAAUUCUCACUGAUCUGAAGGUCCAGCAUAAACGAGUUCCCUGUGGAAAGGAGGAAGUUAGCCUUUUCCUAACAGCCAUAGAAAACUCCUGGAUUCAUUUAAGGAGAAAGAAAAGAGAACGAGUGAGACAAUUGAGAGAAGUUCCUCGAGCACCUGAGGACGUCAUCCAAGCCUUGGAAGAGAAAAAGUUCACUCCCAAAGAGUCUGGCAGUAGCCAAGAUUUGGCUCAGGGCGCUGGGGAGAGUACCCUCUGUGGGCCUGCUGUACAGGAAGGCGAGUCAGCCCCUAUUAAGGGCCAUGGCUCAGUCCAGGAUUCGCUUUCUCUGGAGGAAAACCUAGAACCUAUGGAGGACGAAAAGAGUGAGGAAAAAGGAGAGAUGGAGGGUUUGGAAGGUUGUAAAGGCACUAGCAAUGAAACCCAGGACCAAGAGGCUUCUGAGCAGUUCAGCAACCCGGUGUCUGAAAAAGGGAACCAUGUUCAAGGAGUGGCUGGACAUUACCUAUUCAAGUGUUUGAUAAACGUUAAGAAGGAGGUAGAUGAUGCCUUAGUUGAAAUGCAUUGGGUUGAAGGUCAGAACAGGGAUUUGAUGAACCAGCUUUGUACCUAUAUACGUAACCAAAUUUUCAGGCUUGUUGCUAGCUAACUCCAAACUUCUAGCAUAGUUGGGGAAGUUCUAUAGAGCAACUUGUUUUGGAGUGGCCUGUGGGGUGGCAAGAGGAAUUCUACCAUUGGCCUGUUGGUAGGUCGCAUUAUGUGGGAUUGUCUUUAAAAACAGAAAAAAAAAUUCAUUCAUUUUUUAACCCCCCCCCUUUUUUUUUUUAAAGUUUCAGGGCAUUGUAGUAUGGUAGUUUAGGAGGAAGAAUUGUGGUUAUCAGCAUCAACAGAAAGCUAUCAGAAGACUCAAAAGGGAUUUAAACCUGACUUAAACUGAUCACCUUAGCUUUAGAUUUCUUCUGAGGUCGAAAGGAUUAUUUUUGGAAUCUUGCUGGGUCAUAACUGUAUAGAGCAUCGUGCUUUUUCACCCCCCAAAUGGAGGCAGGAUGUCACCGGGCCAUGUACCCUCUUGUAGAGACACUCUGAAGACUGAAGACUUUCUCAGGGUGUAUAUGAUUGAUUACCCCUGAGUCAGUCCUAAGAAAAGAACUGGACUGAUGGUAGGUGGUGGGAGAGCCAGGGAGAGAAAGCUUAGUAAUGCCAGGAGAAGGGCUGAUCUGGGCAGCGCCUGGAAACGUCACGUUCCUGACUCAUGUCUGUUUUGAUGACACGUAUUUCAGAAACAAUUAGGUAAGCUAAACUCCCAGAUGUGACUGAGACACAACAGAAUGAAGCCAUACCCCUACCUCCAACCUGUUGAGAGUACUGUCUUGUAGCAGUUUUACUCGGGUACGACAUUUGAAAUGGAGCUUUGUUUUGUUUUUUAAUAUAAGAGUAUUCAGAAUUGAAAACUGUCUAUCCUGUUUGAAUCCUAGGGUUGGGGAAAAUAUUUUCUUGGCUUUGAAUGGGUAAAUGAUGAUAGAAAUAAGUAAUGAAGCAAGAUAGUUAUGUGCAGUAGGCUGCUUAAGAAAUGCUCAUCUAUUGGCAGAUAAGUUGUAGCUGAUCAAAUAUUGCCUUUUGUGGGUUCCUUUGUAAACCCCCUCUGUGCUUACCUGUUAGCAUAGGAGAAUUCUGAGGUCAUGGUAACCCAUAUUCUUAAAAUACAUUUCCAGUUGGAAUGUCAGGGCUCAACGGGAAUGCCUCUGGAAGUGGAGUUUCGUUUUUUGUUCUGUUAAUGUUUUGGUUACCCUCUGCUGAGCUUCAGUUUCAGCAGCCCAGUGUUCUGUUCAGUCUGAUAUUUUUUAGUAUGGUGCCAGAAUUCCUCGUUAUCUGCAAAGAAGACCGGAUCUGAGUAGUUAAGCCACACUUUUGAAAGGUGGCUAUUGCUUAGGGCAGGAUACUCAUGAUCUUGGCAUAUUUUGGCAGUAGCUACUAGACCAGGCCCUCAGCAAAGACACAGGAAAUGAAAAUAGGACUAGAAUAUACCUCACUGUGACAGUGGAUCCUGAGCUGCAGAAGAUAACAUACUAACCCAUCAUUGUUCUUAACCUGGUCUAUGACUCUCUAGAGCAUCCAUAAACCUCCUGGCUUGUUUUUGAAAGCUCUGUGAGCAUAUAUGGGGGUUUUUUGUUUGUUUUUUGCUUUUUUCCCUAGAGAAGAGUGUUCCUGAGUUAGAGUGAUCAGUAACCCACUAAAGAUUAGGAAACGCUAUUGUAGUCUAACCUCUCACUUGACAGACUGAGGAAACCAGUCUUGGGCUAGGUCACACAGAGUCAGGAUUUAAUCUAUGGCUUCAGAUUCCUCCAAUCCAGUAAUCAUCUCCUGUACCCAUCCCCAUCCCCACUGUCCUGCUGUACUUACCUGUGAUGACACAGUGAGUUGUACGCCAGACCCAAACCCAGUUUCUACCUUGAUGGAAUUUUAGGGUAUUUGAGUUAGGUGACAUCUAUUCAUUCAGUAAGUGGUCAAUAAGUAUUUAUUAUUUACUUGUUUGUUUCAUUUAAAAAGAGUAGCAUGUGCUCAUUAAAGAUUUGGAAAAGUGAAAGAAAACAGUGACAAAGUCACCCCUAGUCUCAGCCUUCUCAAACACAACUACUACUGGUACUUCAGUAUUUCCUUCUAGUCUCCCUUUCUGUAAAUGGAGUGUGUGAUUAUGUGGAUUUAACUUGGGUCAUGCUGAUGCUGUUUUCAGUUUUAUAUUAUGCUGUUUUUCAUUUAACAUCUUAUAAGUAUUUUUCCAUGUUAUAACAAUAAUGUAUUUAUUUGCACUCCUUGCCUGUUCAAAAUGUAUUUCAGUCACAGUAUUAGCCUUUGUUUAGGUCUAGUACUUAGGAGAUUCCCAGGGAAUAUGCUGCGUAGCUGGAGGCACAAAAGAUUUGUCUUGUGUCUUUGUGUUUCAGUGCCCCAGGUUUAAGGCUUGGUGUCAUGGAUGAGGUUUUAUAGAUAUUAUGGUAAUGCUCUUAGAGUUUAAAAAGUAUGUGUCAAGGGAAGCUUCUACUGCCAGAGCUGAGUGCCUUCUUUGCUAUUGGAUGUCUUCACUUCCUUCUCUGAGAAUAGUUUAUCUAAUGAGAGAACACUGAAAACAUUUUAAUAAGACAAAAAUUAUUUCAGGUAUGCAUAUACUUUAUAAUUGUGUGAUAUGUGAUAGCAUAUACCUCUGGUAUGAGGGGAAAGGAGUUUAUUUUCUUUAAAGAAAUACGUUAUUGACCCAUAUAUCAUGUUGAAUGAUAGUUGCCUUAAAUGUCUAGAGAUCAAGUUCAUGUUGGUGGAUUGGCAUGGAAUUAAAUCUUUGUGAUAUUAUCUUAAAUUCUAUUCUGGUCCUUGGCAUUGGCUUACGAUCUUCUAUAACUCAAAUGGGAACAGAAGCUGGACUUGUUUUCCAAUGUGGACUAAAGCUGCUUUUGUUCUUUGGAAUCUGCCUUGCUUCCAGCAGGUUGGUUCCCUCACCCCACAUCCUUGCCUGACUGUUCACUAACCAGAGCAUCGCUGCAUGUCCUAGCAGGGUUGGAGUCUGUGUGGUAGGGUUUCCACUAAUCUUAAUGGUUCAUGUUGAUUACUUAAAACUUUAGUAUAUAUAUUUAAAACAUGAAACCUCUCCUCUUGUUAGAAGUCAAGGCCUAUGAUGCAAACGUACCAAAUUCUACAAGUAAUAAAACUGUAAGGUGUGGAAAGGAUGCAAAACCCUGUGGAAAACCCAAGGCCUCUUAAAAGGUGUUAGCACCUCCUUCUUAAGCUGCAGCAUUUUCCUCCAUGGCCACACGGGGGCACCUUUGGCUCUUUUAAUAAAUUAACUGUGCUGUGGGAACAGAUAAAAUUGUGCCCUUGGUAUUUUCUUGAAAUACCCAUUUGCUACCCAGAUAAAUAUUUUAUAUGUAAAUAAAAUUAAAAAAAUAAAAGUAGGAGAAAGAAAAAAAUCCACUAUUCUAUGUCUUUUUUAUCGGCAUAAUCUUUCAACGUUUUAAAGUUUUUUUAUGGUCCUAGUUGACUCUUUAUUUUUUUUCUUUUCUUUCCAUCUGUCCUGCUACUCUAGAAUAUAUCCAGGUUGGGUCAGUCCUUUGGAUCCAGUUUUUAUUAGUAUCUUGUUAAUUGGGGUACUGCAGGGGGAUGUUUAAUGAUCUUAAACAGUAACUUUUCAAAAAGCCUUAUGUUCAAGAAACAGAAACAGCUCUAAGAAAGAAACUGUUUUCAAUGUUCUUUUUGUCUUUAAAUUCUUUUGGUUUGUCUGGCUGGGUGACUAGGAUGCAUGUAAUGUGUUGUUUACAUCAAAAGUUGGCAUAGCUGGUUCUGCAUUGUGUGUAUUCUGAGGUUAGCUGGGCCUUCUUUCCCACAAGGGGUGUUUCUGUGUAGAACACGUGUACUACCAACCCUGGAGUCUUUGUGGGCUCAAGGGGAAGUUCAUCUACCCUUGUUUGUAUGGCACAGGAUCAGGUAUUAUGAGUGGCCACCCAACAGAUCUGCACAUUAGGAAGAAGAAGUCCAUUUUGGGAAAGUAGAGCCCUCUAGGAGCAGGAAAGUCUCAAAAGUGUAGCAGUUUUACUGCCACUCAGGAGGUACCCCAGGAAAAGGACCUGACCACAUUAUUUUUUAGGGAAGUUGGUACUUGGAAGACUUGGUUUACUGAAUGGGCAGUAAUCCCAGUAAAACCCAGGAGAGGCUUACCAGUAGAAUGAACUGGCUUCUGCCUCGUAGGGCAGGGCAUUGGCGGUCUUGAAUCUUUCUAAUGCUUGCAAGUGCCAAUCUCUCGGUGCUUGCGCUACCCCAGUAUUAGCCCUGCAUGGGGCUUACCCUACUAGCAGCAGGGCCUCACACACUUUCCAGAGUCCCCACUCUACUCUGUGAAGGCGUUCAGGUCCUCUGCUGUGACUCACCCAAAUGGCUAAAACAGCAGUUUGUUAUUUUAAUUGCUGGUUGGAACAGCUAAUGCUGCCUUUUGGAGACUAUGCUUUUACUCUGUGUUGUGACUGAGUGAAGGCCAUGCACGGCUGAAUGCCUUUUGAGGUGUAGCCUACCCGCCUAUCUCAGCUCAAGCAGAAACGGCAGAGACUCUGCACUGUCUUCAGGGAAGUGGAGGGUCACUGGGCCUUAUUAUGAGCCAUGGAAAUGAGAUAAGGAAUGAACCAGAGAGUGCAGAUGAACUUGGCAGAAUUGGCUUCUAUAUGAUGUUCUUAAGAGGGCCGUGGUUGUUUAAGUCCCAAGUGCUUUUCCAGCCACCCUAGGGGAAUGAAAAACAGAAAAGAGCACAGGCUUCACAGCUCAUCAGACAUCAGUUUACGUUCCAGUUCCACUUAUAGGGUAAGUCAGUUCCACUAAGCCUUGGCUUCCUCAUACACAAGAUGAAGAAUUCUUGCCUCUCAGAGUGAUAGCAGCAGUUAUGUGAGAGAACCACUAAAACACCUGGAAGCGUACAUAGACAAAGGGUGGGCUUUUCAACCUAUUCAUCUCCUUAUUCUUUUGAGUUUUCCAUUUCUAAUCAGAAAAUCUUCCAAUAAACUCAAGUGAAAAGGCCAGGGCCUCUGGCACCUAGUGGCAGUUGUAGACUACCACUUUUUGACCAAGAACAAAACCCAGUUUUCCAUGUACUGGAGGAUGAACAGUAUUGAUUAGCCAUUUUCUAUAUAAAUUGCCACAUUUAGUAACCCUGCAAGUGGUGUGGUGUCCCUGUGUGAUAACUUAAUGAUGUAGAAGCUCAGAGAACCUAAAUGACUUGUUUUAAGGUUAUUUAACAGAGCUAAGUCAGCUGAACUCAGGUUCAGAGACCCAAGAUACCAAAUCUCAAGAUUUGAAACAAGUGCCACAUUUAAGGUGGAAAUCCAGGCUAAUUCGACCCACUUCUAGGGAAGGAGACGUCAAUUGUUUGACACAGGGAAGAGAGAAAAAGCUCUUACCCAGCCUCACAAUUUAGCACCUUAAAGUGAUAUUAUCUUCCAGUUUAUGAUCAAUGAGCAAGAUUUAAUAAGUGAGAUCACUUGUAAUUAGUUCUUAAUUUAUGCUACCAAAUCUUCAUAGAAUUUUGUAUUUGGCAGUAGUGCAGAUAAUUACAUAGUGAAACCACAAAAUGUGCAUGUACGUGUUGGAUCAGAAUCCAUGUAAAUAACUGAUAAUUAGAUAAUGACUUUUAGACAAUACCUAAUUGUAUAAUAAUUGAAGAAGGAUUUUUAAAAAAUAAUAGACAGCACUAAAUAUUACAUAUGUAGAACGCAGAACUGAUGUGCUUUUUAAUCUUGCUGGAGAGGGUAGCAGUUGUCAGAAGAACAGCAAGUCACCGUUCUCAGGUAGGAUGAACGAACUCAAAAUCUGGAGGAAAGAAAAGGCUGCCUGCCAUCUGGUAGACCCAUUCAGGGAGUGUGGCAGGAGAGUCUAGAAACCAGAGCCAGGAAGUUCUCCGCUGGGGGACUUGGCUGACUCCAGCAGCCUGUCUCAGCCCCUUGGGAAAUGUGCUGCUGCUGUCCAGGGGAGAAGGCCAUCCAGAGAGCACUGCUGGGCCUGGGACUGUCACUGAGGCAGGCCUGCUCCCAUAGAUUGGCUGGGAAAGGGGGAUUCCCAGUCUGAUGUGACAGGAUCCUUCAUUCAGACCUGUUUGUCCCAGGGUUCCUGCCUUCAGGGCCAAACAUGGGCAUUAUGGACCAAACUCCGGCCUGUAUUUCAGUGACCUCUAGAUGAGCACUAAUAAGAACUUCUUCAUUCACAAAGGGAAGUACAGUACUUCCUCAUCUUCUACACCAGGGGCCAGGCAAGAAGGGAUAGCUCAUGCUCUGACUAAAAGGAGCUAUCUUUUACUCAAUUCCUGCUGGUUAUUGCCAUGCAAAAAUAGGUGCCCCGUGUUGGUGGGUUAUUAAAUUUUUUUGAGGGAAGCCAGAAAUCCAGAUUAAUGAGAAAUUUACCUAAUUGUAAAUCCUGACAACUAAUUCAGUAUUUUAUAAAAGCCUGGUAGACCAUCAGCGUGUGGUUUCUUCUAUUCUGAACUCUUACUUACUUCAGCUACUGAAGUCUAGUUGCUGGCCACCCUCCUUUAGAGUUCUUCUCAUCUCUUUAAGAGAGUAUCCCAAAGAUUCUGUCCAUGGGCCAUGUUCACUCUUUUCUCCCCCUUAUGGAUGACCUCAUUUACUUCCAUGAAUUCAGCUAGUGCUCACCCAUACGUUCAUGCCCAAAUCUUUUCUGAAGUUCCUGUAUCCACAUAUCUAACCAAGUAAAUACAGAGCAUCUACCCCCGGAACUGUGGCUGUGUCAAACUCAGCUUAUUGUCUGCACCUGCUGCUUCUCUUUUAUUCUUGAUCACCAUCCAUCCACCCAGCUGUCCAGUUACUGUCCAGAGAUGAGUUUGUCAUCUGUGUUCCUCCCUCUUUUUACCACCAGGGACACUACAACCUUCCACCUUAGAAAUAUCUUCCAAAUCCAACCCAACCUCUUCAUCCCUAGCACUGCUGUCUUAAUGCUGUUCCUCAUCUCACCUGGAUUCUAAGGGGAGCCAGAACCAUUUCUGGGGAACUUGAGAGCUAAGCAUCAGAAAGAGCAGGUUUAGGUAGGAUUGAGAGGGGGAAACAAAAUCUGCUUUUGAGGGUAAAAUGGGAGACCUUUCAAAAUAAAGACUGAGAUGGGAAGUAGACCCACAGCAACAGGUCAAAAUAGUUGAGAUCAGGAAUUGUGAGGCCCUUCCUCAUAAGGCACAGGAGAACUUUUUUUCCCCUUUGACAUCAUUUCACUUUAUAAAGUAAUGUAUUUUCAUUAUAAGAACUACUCAAAUGGAGUAAUUUUACAUUUUAUGUGUCUUAGUAUUUUAAGUAUAUAUUAUUGAUUAUCCUGUUACAGUUGUCCCAUUCUUUUCUCCUCUUUAUUCCCCUCUGCCAUGCAAUC